AUGUCUUCUACCUUGGAACUGAUGGACAUUGGUAGGUAUGGUUAUGUACCACUGGACACAGCUCACUGCAAGCUUCGGUCAAAAUGGCCAUGUGCUUGUUCCAAUUGUCUACCGGAGGAGGCGGAGGCUUUUUGGAUGGCUCAGAAAGCGCUGACGACAGAAAACUUCAACAGCGCGCUAGCAAUGGGGGAAUCAGAACUCCUUGACCUUUUGCACAACCUACCUGACCCGCCGCCUCAGACCCAACAUCACGCCAGACCUUCCGUGAUUCGCUGCAAGCAUGACGACCCCUUUCAAGAUUUACCUUUGCUAACUUCGCUGGUUUCUCUUUGGGAAAAACCAUUUCAAAGUCUUUUUGACACCUUGUACACCGGCGCUUCAGACCUGGGUCCAGAAGACUAUUUCAGUCAUGAUUUGGCCUGGGAUUUGGCCAGGAACAUUGAUUUAUAUUUUGCGCCCAACGAUCUCUUGGUGGUACUUGCAAGCAAAAUGAUCCCUGGGCAACUCAAGCAGCUGUUCGACACGUUCUCACAGUGGAAAGAUGGCGACUUCACAACACCUAUUGUUGCCGAGGCUCAAAAUUUCAGACUGGCCACUCAACGGGCUCCGGGGCCUCUGUUGCCACCUCUAUCUGUUGAGGGUGGCAUUCUGGCCAAAGCACAACUAGAGGCCGCCAAACUGGCAUUGCGUGACAAACGCAAACAAGCCCGACUGCAGGCUAUCGAGGCAAAAAAUGCUGAACGGGCACAAAAGGCCCAGGAGAAGGAGGACGCGAACAACAAAAAAGAACUGGCUAAAAGAGCCGAGGCAAAGGCAAAGGCAGAGGCAAAACGUAAGGAAGCCAAGGCAAAACGAAUAGCGAAGAAACAGGUAGCCAAAUCUAAGGCAGAAGCAAAACAUCAGGUAGCCGCGAAGAAGGCAAUAGCAAAACAACACGCAGCCGAGGCAAAAGCGGCUUUGCGAAGGCAGCUGCUGCGUUCUAAAUAUGUGUCAGAACAGCUGCUUAUGGCGCCCCACGAUCUCGCUGUCAGCAACGCCCUUUGCAAAGUGGACGUGGAACCAGCACCGUUUCUGAAUCCAGACCUCACCCCGGCGGAACCGAGUAAUUCUCAGGCCAGUGUCCCGGUGGAUCCAAAAGGGAGGCACUCAACUCAUGUAAUGUUUAAAAUCACCCUUUAUGUUGCUUUAGUAUAA